CUAGAGCACGCACGUGUUUGCAAUUGUUAUUUUUUCUUAAGAAUUUUAUUUUUGCAAUGGCUUUUGGUCGACCUCGUGGUGGUGGCGGCGGAAGAGGAUUUCGUGGCGGUGGUGGAAGCAGCGGCGGAGGUGGUUUCAAGUCUGGUGGAGGUUUCAACAGAGGUGGAGGAUUCAACCGUGGCGGAGGCCGGGGUGGAGGAGGUCGUGGAGCGUUUGAUAAUGGUCCGCCAGAUCGUGUCAUUCCCAUAGGACAAUUCGCUUAUAGUUGUCAGAAUGACUUAAUUUGCAAAGUCGGGAUAGAGGAUGUUCCUUAUUUCAAUGCACCAAUAUUCCUCGAAAAUAAGGAACAGAUUGGGAAAAUUGAUGAAAUAUUUGGCACAGUUCGUGAUUACUCCGUGUCCAUUAAAUUGUCGGAAAAUGUCUAUGCUAACAGUUUCAAACCAGAUCAAACAUUAUUUAUUGAUCCUGGAAAGCUAUUGCCUAUCUCAAGGUUUUUACCAAAACCACCACAGCCAAAAGGACCUAAGAAAAAAGGCGCAUCAGGUGGACCUGGUGGUCCAAAGGGUGGUUUUAAUCGAGGUGGAAUGGGUGGCCGAGGUUCACGCAACAGCUUUGGAGGCAGUGGCUAUAGAGGAGCCGGUCGUGGAGGCGGAGGAUUUAACAGAGGACGCGGUGGCGGUGGUGCAGCUGGAAACGGUCGUGGGCGUUGGUAGUUUUCAUUACUAUGUUCAAAGAUUGUUUCUACACCAGACAAAUAGAAUAAAAAUAUACUAUGUUGUGCACUCCAGUAA